AUGGGGCGUACACGAUCAAAGUAUGUGGAAUUGACGGAUGAUGACUAUUACGAUGCUUACGACUCAGAUUACCACUCAGAGGAAGAUAGCUCAGAAUAUGAAAGGGAAACUAAUACGGUUACAACAAAGGUAAAGCCUUUUAUUCAAACAGAGAAAAAAAAUAAUACAACAAAACAUGUGGCUAAACCAGAUCAGAAAAAAAAUGUAAAGAACUUAAUAAAUAAUGAACAAGUAUCAGUUCCUAGUAUUGAUAAUUACAGUUGCGUAGUAUUAGGCCAUGUAGACUCAGGUAAGUCAACUUUAAUGGGUCAUUUAUUUGUGAGUUUGGGGCUAAUAAGUGAAGGAGUUAUGAGAAAGUACAAGAAGGAAAGCGAGAUGAUUGGAAAGGGGUCAUUUGCAUAUGCUUGGGUAUUUGAUGAUUGUGAUGAUGAAAGAGAAAGAGGAAUUACAAUCAAUGUCUCAGCUAAAAGUAUGAUGAUUGAAAAUAAACUUGUGACCAUAUUGGACGCUCCUGGACACUCCGAAUUUAUUCCUUAUAGCUUUUCAAUUUCAAUGUUUUCUGACAAUGCCAUAAUAGUUAUUGACAGCUCAGGAUUUGAGGCAGGAUUUCUAAAAGGACAGACUGUUGAACAUAUUAUAUACUCUCUUUUAGCAGAUGUUUCAAACAUAAUUAUUGCUGUCAAUAAAUUGGACCUAUGUAAUUGGGAUGAAAAGGUUUAUUUAAACAUUGUUAAUACAAUAAAUAACUACAUUAAUUUCGAACUUUCUGAUAUUAAAAGCGAUUCGAAUAUUAUUUUUUUACCAAUUAGUGCAUAUUUUGGUGUUAAUAUUCUGAAUGACAAGAAUCAUCUUCCAAAAGAAAUAUCCUCUUGGUAUCAAGGACCCAGUUUAUUCGAAGUACUAUCAAACAUUAACCAAAAUGCAAAAAGAUCAAGAUCACGUCCGAUUGAGUGUCAUUGUAAUAAAGAAACUAAACAAUUUACAUCUUUUUCUGCAUGCAUUUUAGAAAUUAUUUCAGUCUCCUCCUCCGAAUUUAAAGCAUCCCUAUAUAUUGAAUAUGGUCAUCUUAAAGUUGGACAGUCUUAUUUUAUAUUACCUUUUACUGAACAAGUGAAAUGUAGGUCUAUUUCCAUUCACAACAAUACAUAUAAUUCAUGUAGUGGACCAAUUUAUAUCUCUUCUGCAACAUUUAAUUGUAGCAUUAAUCCUAGUGUUGGUAACAUUAUUGUAUCAAGUAUUUCUUCUAAGUGCUCUGGAAAAAUGAAUAACAACACAUCAGUAGUAUCUUUACUUUCAAACCUAUACCCAAUACAAAUAUCUAGAAAACUUAAGGUAAAGUGUCUUAAGUUGCUAAAUGAAACUCUUCUGAAAUCUAAAAAUAUUUUUUGGAAUGUUCCAGGCCAAUCAUUUAUGAUUUAUUAUCACUGUGAAGCUUCUCCCGCCACUUUACUUAGUGUCAAGAAUGACUUCUUUUAUUUUGAAACUGAAAAAGAUAUUGUUUCUUAUAAUAAGUGUUCUUGCACCGAUACCACAAACCUUAGCAAAGUUUCAGUCAGAUUUUUUGGAAUCACUGUUUUUAUUGGAGAAAUGAUCUUUCACUGA